AUGUGUGGGAAGGAUCAGCCCGAAGAGGCCGCUUCUGACGAGGAAGACUGGAAGUUAUUGGAUGACAAAUUGCCCCUAUCUAUCAGUAAAGUAGGCGACGAUCCGAAAGGACAUUUGGUUUACAAUCCGCCGAAGUGGGCUUCCUCCUCAGUUGAUGCAAAAAUAUUGGAUCUUUCAGUGCAAAUCGUAUCUAACGGUGUUCUUCUCGACACAGUUAAGCUCAAUUUCAACUCCUUCUACGUGCUAGGGUCAAUGGACGAGUGUGACUUUGUAUAUAAGAACCCACAGGUGUCCAGAAAGCACUUUAUAAUGCACUAUACAAGGAGCAACAGUCUUGUAAUAUACGAUUUAAACUCUAAAUGUGGAACUACCGUGAACCAUAUGAGGUUACAGCCCGAAAAAUAUUAUCUACUCUCUGCAGGGGAUCAAAUAAGAAUCGGCAAAGCUGGACUAAGCACCAGGUCGUAUAUAAUCACUGGGCAUUCGAUCUUUGAUGAGCUGGAAUCGACCCAAAGCUCAAAAAGAACAGCCAAGGAAUCCGACAUCGACAAGGUGAAAAGGAUCCGGAAAAUUGAACGGGAGCUUGAGGAGGAGCUGAGGAGCACAAAAGUAGACGAGUCAUACUACGACACGAACCUUUACAUGGACGAGUACGAUGAGUACUUCGACGACACAAAGCCGAAAACAAAAAGCAAGUCGUCAGUGCUGAAAAAGGCAGACAUAUUAACAAAUUUGUUAAAAUUCCAGAGAGACGAGGUGGAUCUAUUAAAUAACUGGUACACAUUGGUCAAGGAGGCUACGCAGGGGUCCAAAGAAGACAAUGAGCCGAGCAUAGACGCGGAGCUGGAAAAGGUAAGACGGCGUCAGCUGAAUCAGGACAAGGCAAAGAUCCAAAAGCAGCUGAACAAGGUGCGCGACGAAUUGGAGCACAAUUUUAAGCUCCUGCGCAUCGCAUCAUUUUAG